AUGGUCGCUCCACCUUCGACUGGUGGUGUCGCACCACAGGCUGCGACCUUGAAGCCAUCAUCAGCCGCGUCGAGAAUGAAUGGUGCUCCUCCUGCCACCAUGGCGACGCCGUCGUUUCCCUACAGUGCCCGCCGAGCACCCCCUCUCGAUCUGCGAACUGUCGAGCGCAAGGGCCAUGCCUAUAGUCGCGAUCCUCCAGCGAGGAGGAGGCUCCACGACCUCCCCGAAGCGCCGACUUUCCGGCCUACAGAAGCAGAGUUUCGUGAUCCGAUGGAGUACAUUCGCAGUAUCUCAGAGAAGGCGAGCAAGUACGGCAUCUGCAAAAUAAUCCCGCCAGACAACUGGAAUCCGGAUUUCGCCAUUGACACAGAGCGCUUCCACUUCCGCACUCGGCGCCAGGAGAUCAAUCUGGUUGAAGGAGGGAACCGCACAAAUCUCAACUACCUAGAUCAGCUGGCCAAAUUUCACAAACAGUACGGCGCACAUCUCAAUCGAUUUCCCUCGGUCGAUAAGCGUCCGCUUGACCUUUAUAAACUCAAGAAAGCCGUCGAAGUCAGAGGUGGUUUCGAACGGGUCUGCAAGGACAAGAAAUGGGCCGAGAUCGGGAGAGAUUUGGGAUACAGUGGAAAGAUCAUGUCAUCCCUAUCCACGUCCCUGAAGAAUUCCUAUCAACGAUGGCUCCAUCCUUAUGAGGAAUGGCUGAAAUUCGCCAAAGCAAGUGUUCACCCGCAGCUUGACAAUGACCAUGGUGGAGCGUACUCGCCAUCCCCCAUGCCUCAUCAGCCCAUGGUCACUCACCCGCUUCCAUCACAAUCUGCUCCUCCAGCAAAUUCCCCCGGCCCGUCGCAACAACCACCGUCCAUACCCUCGGCACCCCCUGCCACUCAGUCACGGCCAGCCUCAUCGUCGGGAUUCACCGCAAUCAACAGCGGCUUUACUGCGGUGAACAGCUUUACGGCCAUCAAUACCCAGCCACCUCCCGUUGUCAAGAACGAAAUGAACGGCAUGCCGCCAUUAAAUCAAAGUCCGGCUCCCGCCUUCCCGGCCAUCAAUGGACCCACGAUCACGACAAUCCAUUCAGCUGGUAAUUCAAUGACGAAUGGAUCUUCCAAUCCAUUGAAGAGGACUCUGAGUCACGAUAGUCUCAAUGGCGAAUCCGGCUCAGAGGGGCUCGACGGUGAAGGCGAUGCCGCCAACGGCAGGCGAAGUAAGAGACCCAAAAAGGACGGCAUGCCCAUAAUCCCCGGCAACCACAUUCCUGCAAUGCGCCCGACAACCCCCCAAGUGCGCACCAAAACAGCACCUCGGAGACAUGGCGACAAAUGCGAGAAGUGCGGCAAGUCAGAUAACAAGGAGAGCAUCCUUGUUUGCGAUAGCUGCGAUUCGGGCUACCACAAGCAUUGUGUGGAGCCUCCUUUGAGCCAUAUGCCCGAAUAUGACUGGCACUGUUCAAAGUGCCUGGUUGGAACGAAUGACUAUGGCUUUGAGGAAGGCAGCGUCUACUCUCUGAAACAGUUUCAAGAGAAGGCCAAUAACUUCAAAGAGCAUUACUUUUCCGCCCGGAUGCCUUUCGACCCCGUUUCCAAUACGCCAAAGAAGCCGACCGAGGAUGAUGUCGAACGUGAGUUCUGGAGACUAGUCGAAGAUAUCACUGAGUCGGUCGAAGUCGAGUACGGUGCAGACAUUCACUCGACAACCCAUGGCAGCGGGUUCCCGACCGUGGAGAAAAACCCCCUUAACCCGUAUGCAAAAGACCCUUGGAACUUGAAUGUCAUGCCCUUCCUUGAAGAGUCGCUGUUCAGACACAUCAAAGGUGAUAUUUCUGGGAUGACAGUGCCGUGGCUGUACGUGGGUAUGUGUUUCUCCACGUUUUGCUGGCAUAAUGAGGAUCACUAUGCAUAUUCAGCAAAUUAUCAACACUUUGGUGCGACCAAGACGUGGUACGGAAUCCCUGGCAAAGAUGCAUAUCGCUUCGAAGAUGCAAUGCGCAAAGCAGUACCGGAAUUGUUCGAGACCCAGCCUGAUUUGCUCUUUCAACUCGUCACGAUUCUUCCACCACAUCAGCUGAGAAAGGCUGGGGUGGAGGUUUACGCCCUUGACCAACGCGCGGGUCAAUUUGUUAUCACGUUCCCUCAAGCGUACCAUGCGGGAUUCAAUCACGGAUUUAACUUCAACGAAGCUGUCAAUUUUGCGCCAGCUGAUUGGGAGCCGUUUGGCGAGGCUGGUGUGCAGCGACUGCAGGAAUUCCGCCGUCAACCAUGCUUCUCGCAUGACGAACUUCUCUUCACCGCGGCAGCGUCGGAUACGACAAUCAAGACAGCAAAGUGGCUAGGACCUGCGCUCGAGCGAACCCGGGCCCGAGAGUUGGCUGAACGUCAAGGUUUUGUGGCACUUCACCAACGGCAUUAUCCCCAUGACAACUGCACGUUCGAUACAUUGGCUCCUGAGCCGUCAGAGUCCUGUGGCCUCAUCAUCAAGAUUGAGAACGCCGAGCUUGAAGAGGAAGAAUAUCAGUGCUGCUAUUGUAAAGCAUUUUCUUACCUUUCACAAUUCCGGUGCCACCGCAGCGGCAAAGUCACAUGUCUUUUGCAUCCUGAAGUGUCUGAUUGCUGCUCUGACUCCCCGAGCGAAAGGCUGAGAGGACCCAAUCAUAGUCUUCUCGUUCGCUAUACCAACCAAGAGCUGAGCAACAUUGUUCAGAAGGUGGUGGAUAAGGCCAAUGUACCUGAAGCUUGGGAGGCAAAAUUAGAGGCUCUGCUGGCCACUGACGCGCGGCCUCCGCUCAAAUCAAUGCAUACGCUGCUGACCGAAGGUGAAAAGAUACCACACCCCUUGAGGGGAUUGGAUGAGCUGGCCGAUUUUGUCAAAAAGUGCGACCAGUGGGUGGACGAGGCGAACUUGUAUCUCACCAGAAAGCAGCAAAACAGACGAAAGAAUGAGAAGGCCUGGCGACGAUCUUCCCUCCGGACCGGUCGGCCAGAAGACAAGGAUACCGAGCCACAACUCACCGUGGAGCGCAUGAAAGAGUUGAUCGAGGAGGGAGAACUACUCGGGUUCAGUGCGCCCCAGCUCGAGAGCUUGAAAGAAAAGGUCACUGUUAUCGACGAAUGGCGGGCAAGUGUGAAUCGCAUUCUCAGGGGUCAGCACCAAGCGACAUCCGAUGAGCUGGAAGCUUUACUUGAGGAAGGUCGCGGCUUCAUGGCAGCUAUGCCUGAACUCACAAACCUGGAGCAGGUUCACGCGCGCACUCACUGGCUCGAAGAGGUCCGACAGGUUCAGAAAGACGUGCAAUCGAAGACCCUUGAUGAUUGCAAAGAACUUCUCAAGCGUUCAACCGAAUUGGAAAUCUCACCACAGAUGCCGGAAAUUUUGUUUCUGACUGAAGUGGUGAGACAAGGUGAGUUCUGGGAGAUCAAAGCGAAAGAGGUCAUGGCAGCCGAGGAUGUCCACUACCCACAGCUGGAGUCGCUACAUUCCCAGGUCCAGAAUCAGGUUUUCCCUGUCAACAAGGAGACUUUGGAGCAGAUGGAUGUGAUCCUGGCCAAGAAUCGCGAGGCUAAACGCCAGAUUAUCACCUUAGUCGAACGAAGCCACGAUCCAGAUCUACGAAAGCGCCCCAUGUAUGUGCAUGUCCGGGAUGUGGUCAAAAGCUUUGAGGAUCUGAACGGCAAACCUCACGGCGCUGCCGACUUGGAGAAAGAACUGCGGAGACAUGAAGAUUGGAUGAGAAGGGGCAAAAAACUAUUUGGCAAGGCCAACGCCCCUCUUCACAUCCUCGAACAACAUAUGAAGUUCGUGGAGGAGAAAAAUAACUUCUGCUUCGACCUGAACGACACGUUCAGGCCUCCGGUUGAGCCUGCGUCGCGAGAGGCCACGCCCAUUGAGGGCGAGGAGAAGGGCGCGCUUGGUGACGAGGAGAAACCAGUUUUCUGUAUCUGUCGUCAACCCGAGGCCGGGCUCAUGAUCGAGUGCGAAAUCUGUCAUGAUUGGUACCAUGCAAAAUGCCUCAAGCUGGCCAGAGGAAAGGUCAAGGAGUGCGAGAUGUUUACUUGUCCUAUUUGCGAUUGGCGAGUCAAGAUCCCUCGCGAUGCGGCCCGACCAAAACUCGAAGAUCUCCAAGCCUGGCAAGACGAAAUCCAGGAUCUUCCUUUUCAACCGGAGGAAGAAGAGCUCCUUAAGCGAAUCAUUGACAAGGCGCAGGCAUUUCGUGAGUUCCUCAUGCGGUACACAACUGGCAGUCAACUUUGUAGGACCAUCGACGAGAUGCCAGAAAUGCUGUUCUACCUACGCAAGAUCGAGGGUGCAGAAGUUCUCCUGGCAUACGAGACCAAUGUACUACGGCAGGAACUGCACAAAUGGCAGCCCAUUGCUCCCGAACCGCCGCCUAUCCUGGACCAGAGUUUGUCAACGCGGAAGCCCCGACCGACCAAGCAGCAGAAGCUGAUGAAGGAGCACGGAGUCGAAAAACCCGAGGAUCUUCCGCCGCAUUUACGGACAAAGACCUAUGUGCGCAGAAAGACGCAGGAAUCCUUUGUUACUGGGCCUCUGCGUCCCAAGCCGUCGACGCAAUCACCAUCUGCACAUGGCUCCACUUCGAGUCCCGGUCAGAACAGUGGGCUUGCUGAAGGCUCAUCUGCCAUGCAGAGGCAAGACUCCAACGAGCAUGGAGGACCCGGUCGGACGUAUGAACCGGGUUUUAUGUCCGGGCCAUCCUUUGUAGAACGCCGACCUUCUCCCUAUUCAUCCAACUCGCCGUCAUUCUUCAGCCCUACGAGGGAAGCACCACAUGAAGGGUUGCGGGAUCCCAUGAUGCCCACCUUUGGUGGAGAUCAUUCGGAAGAACGAAACCACGACCCGUCAUUCCCCAUGUUCCGAUCGGGUACUGGGUUAGGUCUGGAUGCUGACGACGAAUUGCGGAGUGGACUUGCCAGUGCAGCUACGAGUGCGCCCAACUCUGCGAGAGGGGUCUCCCCAGUCGUUGGGGGCGAAUACGGCCAUAUGUUCAUGGGCAUGACGAAUCCAGAUGCGGACACGAGUAAUGAUGCGGUGCCGAGUCUAGAACAAGAAGCCAGUCACGCGAGUGAGGCACUUGACAUGAUUCGAACGGCGAGCAACGAUUCAGCGAACGACCAUGCGGACCUGGAGGACGGGGAGAACGUCUCGAAACACUUUGACGACUUUACCAGCGGAGACGAACGGAGUUGA